CAAGGAGACGAGCGACACCUGCCGGUAGGUCUGAGAGGAGCAACGAUGGCGGAUACCGAGUAUAACAGAGAGGGUUGCACCGACGACGGAGGGCCGCAGGAGGAGGGAGGCAGAGUGAAAACUAAGCCUGUCUCUUGUAGCACUGUGGGAGGAGAGGGGACUGCAGUCAAACGCACAUCCCAGCAUCUCACCCUUGGUGAUGAAGAUGAGUCCUCAGCAGAGCCACCAGCACCCUGCAAAGUCUCCAAAAUAGGCUUUAGCAUGAGCAGUCAGAUGGGGAAGAAGGCAAACCCCAUAUCUAUCAAGCUUGGAGCAACAAAACCCAAAGAGCCUGUACCAUCACUUCCACCAAAAAAAGCAGGGCUGGCAUCUGUUUUUAAUGAAGAUGAUGAUAGUGAACCUGAAGAGAUGCCUCCAGAGGCAAAGAUGAGGAUGAAGAACAUUGGCAGGGAGACACCAACAUCUGCGGGACCUAAUUCCUUCAACAAGGGCAAGCAAGGCUUCUCUGAUCAUCAAAAACUUUGGGAGAGGAAGCUUAAAGCCCAAGCAGACAAACUGUAAACAGACAAAGUUUUUGUCGCUAGUGGAUAAUUUUGUAUUGGUAAAACCAUGUCAGAGAUAUCUAUGAAGGCUCAAAUGAUUCCCCAGUGUAACCUCGAGUUUGACAAUUUCUCACCUUUGUAAACCUGAAAUGAGAAAUAAUUUAAGCCUUCUGUGAUACCCUGUGACUAAACUCACGUUUACAUGUUUAACCACAACCGGCUGAUGCUAACUGAGGGGGGGACACCAAGCCCCUGUGAUAAGAGGUGCAGAGUGCGGUGAUGAAGAGAUGGGACAAACAAAUUAGCCAGAAUAUUGUUUAAACUGUAUGAAAUUUGCUACAGUUGCUUACUGCUGGUUGAUGAGAAUCGCUAGCAUCUUAGAGCCUUCAUGCUCCUUUUGUGACAUUCUUGUUCCCAUCUGAAGCUGGUUAGGCGAGGUCCUCAACAAACCUAAUUUUACUUGUCUAAUAUUUGUAUAAAAAUGUACAUAGAAGUGUGAUAAUGUUUUAUUUUUAAAUCCACAAAUGGGAGUGUGAGUUUGAGCGUUAUGUUGACAUGCAGAGCAAGUGGGGACAUACAGAUUGAUCAUUUUGUGUCAUUUGGUUUCUCAACAUCAGUGUUUAACCCUUUGUUUUCACCAGCUGUGCCACCACAUAGGCAACCUUUUGUUUGAUUCCUUUUAUGUUUGAGCUUUGUACUGGUAUUUCUUUCUGUUUGACUGAAUCGGGUAAACUUAGUGUACAAAAGUGACUUUCUGAUUUUAUGUUCAUUGUUUUUAGUUGUGUGGAGAUCAGAAUUAUGCAUCCUUGACAUGGAUGCCAGGGUGCUGCUAACAGUCGUAUCAAAUGAUUUCUGGGUGGUUAAAAUAGGGGUUAGCAAUGGUUACGCACAUUUACAAACAAGUUUAUUGAACAGAAAAGCAACAUUUCUGAAAUAUAGCCCCAGUUGUUUAAAUCUAGAUGAAUGUGUGACCUCUCCGGUGGCUGAAACUCUCUUUGGAAAAUCCCCUUGGGCAAAAAUCUUACCUUUGAUUUCCUUUGUGGGUUACCUCACAGUUGAGCAGAAUUUCCCAAAUGAAUUACAUCAGUAUCCACAGCUAUGACCUGUUUUCAGAGAACUCUCUUGAACAUGUUUAAAAGCCAGUCAAAUAAAAUUUUGGAUGAUA